AUGGGCAACUAGUGGUUAGUUUUCUUCCUGCCCUUACCCUUGGCAGCCUUCCAUGGGGUCAAAGGCUGUUUGGUGUGUGACCCCAAAUUCAUAGAGGAUAUUAGGACCUUGCUGGCAAGUAUGGUACCCCUGGACAUCCCAGGCAGAACUCAACUGCUUGAAAGGCAUUUUAAACUGAUGGUUCGUUUAAGCUUCAAUGUCUCCCACGGGGACAAGAUACUUCGGGUAUUAGCUGUUUCAAAAGUUGUCAAGUUGAGAAUAUGGCUGAAGGAUGAAUUUUAUAGACUGGGCAAUGAAACAUGGAAAUGUACAUUUAUCUUUCAAGGCAAACUUCUUGAUGUCUGCCAAAACCUGGAAUCCAAAAUGAAAGAAACACUAAGGGACUUCUCUGAGGUUGCUUGUUCUGAAGAUUGCAAUGAAUACAUUGUGAUUGAAGGUCCCAUCAUUGAUUGUUGGACUUGUCUUCGCAUCUCCACCCAGUGCUUCAAAGGAGAAUACUGUGGAGAUGAUCCAAGGGAGGCUGAGAAUCAAGAGAUUAUACUAUUUUUGUUAUUACUGACAGAAGCUGUAGUAUUUUCAAGUGCUAUAUUACUCUACUAUAUCUGUAUAACUCAUCAGAGGAAAAUGAAACCAGCAUGAAGAGCACUGAAGCAAUAUUUGGAAAAGAAACUUGAAGAAUUAGUGAAGAAGACAGAUAAGGAGGAGAAAAGUACUUUGGAUCUAGAAAAUAAAUAG